CAACAGACCGCGGGACAAGCCGGAGGCGGAGCUUAAGUACCAAGUAAUCGGCCUCCGCCUCACGCAGUGGCACCUCCCUCCCCGCGGAGUCGCAAGCACGGGCGGCUGCAGUCGGUAACGGUCAGUCCAGGCCUGCGCAUGCGCGGAGAGCCCCCGCGCAACCUGGAGCGGGCCGGGCGCGCGCGGCCUUCUGGGAGUUGUAGUCCUCAGUCCUCGCCCUCGCGGGCUUUGAUUCCCGUGGUGCCCCGGGCGGCCCGUUUCCGGCGCGGCUACGGGUCGGCGCACGCGGCCUCGGUCCGGUUGACUGCGGAGCCAUGGAGGGCGGCUUCGGCUCGGAUUUCGGGGGCUCUGGCAGCGGGAAGCUGGACCCAGGGCUUAUCAUGGAGCAGGUGAAAGUGCAGAUCGCCGUGGCCAACGCGCAGGAGUUGCUGCAGAGAAUGACGGACAAGUGUUUCCGGAAGUGUAUCGGGAAACCUGGGGGCUCCCUGGACAACUCCGAGCAGAAGUGCAUCGCCAUGUGCAUGGACCGCUACAUGGACGCCUGGAACACCGUGUCCCGCGCCUACAACUCGCGGCUGCAGCGGGAACGAGCCAACAUGUGACCGGCGGGCCGGUGGCCACCCCACCCUGUUUAUUUCCAUAAACGUGCUUUGAGAGGUGGGGCCCUCAUGUGCGUACUGCCUGCCCGGGGCUUAGGGGGGUGGCUCCGGUGCUGGGACAGAUGGGACUGUGUUCUCACCACCCCCCGGCCUGCCCCCUGCCAGCCAGCGCAGCCUGCGUCUCGGGGUGAGCGGCCCUGUGCCUUCCCAAGGUGCUGCCAGCCCAGAGGCACCUUCUUCAGGCUUUGGGGUAUUCCCCUGGUGUGCCCAGGUCAGCCUCAUAUUCUGGGUGGAGAACUCUUGUUUGGAGUUUGGAGUUGGCCGGGGUCAGACCCCACCUGAGCUGUCACCUCCCGCGCAUGGGCAAAUAAAUUGUUGGGGGAGGG